CUAUCACAUGACAAAGGCUUUGAGACAGCUUCAUCUUCGUCUGUCUGUGAUUACCAUUUGCCUCCCUGGGUCACAGUAAUGAAAGGCAGUAGUAGGAAUAAGGAUCAUUCGACAGAAGGAGAAGGAACUGGGAAGCGACCAAAAAGAAAGUGUCUUCAGUGGCAUCCUCUCCUUGCCAAGAAACUCCUUGACUUUUCUGAAGAGGAAGAGGAAGAAGAGGAAGAGGAAGAUCUUGAUAAGGUGCCUCUCCUUGGCGCUGAGGGUUUAGAGCAAGAUGCUGAUGAGACCGAAGAUGACGAGUCCUCGGAGCAGCGCGCUCGCCGACCAAUGAAUGCGUUUCUCUUGUUCUGCAAGCGCCAUCGCUCUCUCGUGCGUAAAGAACACCCUCGCCUGGAUAACCGUGGCGCGACCAAGAUCUUGGCGGAUUGGUGGGCUGUUCUAGAUCCAAAAGAAAAGCAGAAAUACACUGACAUGGCCAAGGAGUACAAGGAUGCAUUUAUGAAAGCAAAUCCAGGGUACAAGUGGUGCCCCACAACAAACAAACCUGUGAAAACCCAGUCAUCCACUAUUACCAACAGGAAAAAGAUAUGGGCCUUUCCAUCUGACUCUGCAAAAGAUUUACCAAGCCCGAGGAAAGUGACACAAAGUGAAGAAAUGCCACAGCUUAACUUCGGGAUGGCAGAUCCUACACAAAUGGGAGGCCUGAGUAUGCUGCUUCUAGCAGGGGAACAUGCCCUGACUGCACAAGAGAUUUCCUCGAAUACUUGCCAGUCUGAUGCAACUAAUUCUACAGAAUCCUGUCAGAAGUCAUCGUUGUUUCAGUUUGCAGAGAUCUCAUCAAAUACUUCCCAGUUGUCAAAUCCUGAACCAGUAAGGCACUGUGGGAAGUCGGCACUCUUCCAGUUGGCAGAGAUUUCUUCAAGUACAUCACAUUCAAGUCCUUCUGAUUUAACAAAACAAUGUGGAACAUCAGCAUUAUUUCAGCUGGCAGAGAUGUGCCUUGCUUCAGAAGGAGUAAAAGUAAAAGAACCUGGGACAACAAAAGUGGAAGCACCCAAAGAUGUGGGAAGGGAAGUUCCAGAGGAAAUGGAAGUGGAAGAACUGGAGAAGACAACAAUACAAGAUUCCUUUAAAGGAAAAAUAGAACAAACAGAGAAAAUGCAAAACUGGGAUGAGACAAAAGUUGAGGAACUAGAAACUGCAAAAUGCAGAGAUUUUACUAGUCUCGCAAUGGAGAGCAAUCCUUUUGAGAGAAAAGAUGACACAAAGGACAUGUGCUGCUCUCCAGAGCUUUCAAUGGCUGACAUUAAUAUCCUUGGGCUAAAACCAGAAAAGAUAAAGAAGAAAAAGAAAAAAAAUAAGUUAGACCGGCACACAAAUGAGAAAUCCACCCCGAAGAAACCUUGUAAAAAGAGGCAGUCCUCCGAGUCAGACAUUGAAAGUGUGAUGUACACGAUUGAAGCUGUUGCAAAGGGGGACUGGGGUGCUGAGAGACUCGCGGAAACUCCCCGCAAAAAAAACCGCCCUGUCUCAAAUGUGAAGGGAAGCGUGUUGGAUACAAAAUCACCAAAGAAAAAAGUGAAAUCAAAAGAGAAGAAGACAUCGAAGGAGAAACCCCUGGAGACCACCAAAGAAUCUAAGCCUCCCGAUUUCCUUAAUAUUGCUGCCAGCAAGGAAGUACCCUGUGAGGCUUCUGAUAAUAUUAAAGUAGAACCACUGACCCCAACAGAGGAGGUGGUACCCCAGAGCUUGCCAGAACAGGUCAAAACUGAGGACAGUGACUGUGUUAAAAAGAUAGAAACCUGUGGCUCCAGGAAGUCAGAGAGAUCUUGCAAAGGUGCUCUUUAUAAAACUCUGGUGUCAGAGGGCAUGCUCACAUCUCUGCGCGCUAACGUGGACAGAGGAAAAAGAAGCUCAGGAAAAGGCAACUCAUCAGAUCAUGAAGGAUGCUGGAAUGAAGAAAACUGGGCUUUUUCCCAAAGUGGAACAAGUGGGAACAAAAAACUGAAAAAGACUAAGCCAAAGGAAGACUUUGUUUUUGGCUUAGCAAAGUUGGAAGAAGAAUUUGAAAAGAAAUUCAACAGCCUCCCUCAAUACAGUCCUAUUACCUUUGACAGGAAAAAUUCAGCUGUUCCGAGGAAAAAGAGAAAGCUUGGAAGCGGCUCAUCUGAACAACCAAAAUCCAACAAAGGUUCAUUCCAGUCUCAGAAAAAGAACUUAUUCUACAAAAUUGUCAGCAAAUGUAAGCACAGAAAGAAGCUUAAUGUUCCGGACACAGCCAUACUUUCAGAAGACAGAAAUUCCAGUGAGUUUGCCUGGAAGCAUAAAAUUUCUCUAUCUGCCCUAAACACUCCAGAGCCAGCAAUGAUGCAUGAGCCUUUAGUUGGCAGCCAGAAGAGGAAAGCAAGGAAAACUAAGAUCACACAUCUUGUCCGAACAGCAGAUGGUCGAGUGUCACCAGCAGGAGGGACACUGGAAGAGAAGCCAAAAGAGCUGCCACAAAGUACUCUUCAAAAAACAUCAAGUGCAGAAACAGAUUGCAACAGUGAAUGCUCCAGAAAUACAGAGAGAGAAGAAAAUAAUAGUAUUACAUCAGAUAUGCCAGCAGUGUCUGCAUUUUUCAGCUUAGCUGCUCUGGCAGAGGUAGCAGCCAUGGAAAAUGUACACAGAAGUCAGAGGGCCACACCUCUCCCACAUGACGGACAGCCAAAUGAAAUGUCUCAGGCUCCAGUGCUUAUUUCCUGCGCUGACCAGUGAAGCUCCACUUUAUUGUAAAACGUUGUGCUUUACCUAAUAACCUAGCCUUUUCUUUACCAAGGGAAGCUAGUCAGUCCAUAUGAUGGAAACUAUAGACUGCAAGCGAGUGCUUAUUGCUCUGAGUGGCCCAGAAUUCACUGGAAGCCAGACAUUAGCAACUUGGGCCAGGUCCUCAAAUCGGAACCCAGUAUGUAGGAGGGUGAUAUUGUCUAUUAAUGAACAGAAAUGGAAUGAUCCUAGAGCUUGCUUUCUGUUGAAGGCUUUUAAACAGUAAAUAGGUGGUUGGUGUGAAAAAGGCUGCCUUUACUGUUAGCUCACACUCUUUUACCAACCAGAGAGUAUGGCAACUAGUUUCAUAUAAUACCUAGUUAUUCUAAAUGAAAAAAAAAAACAAACA